UUUUACAGAUAAAAUGAGCCAAAAAAGAUAUUUAGCCCAGACUGAAAAGUCCAAAUUGUUAAAUGCCCAUGAGAAGAAUGCAAUACUAAUGCAUUACAAGAAUUUGCAAAGUUAAGGCUUGACCAUUGGACAGAGAAAUGCUUGUUGAGUCUGCAUGGUCAGAAAAAACAGGUGGAGAAGAAAAGAUGUAUGUUAACUGCAAAAGAAUUAGGAAUUAAGGUGAAGAAUUAGGUGUGACACCAUCAGGAACCGUUUAGUCUCCAGCGCCACCAUUUUCCAGAACUGCAACCUACCUGGAGUCUUCAGAAGUGCAAUGUGUCAGGUUCUCAGAGACUUUGCUUGGCUUUAGAGACAGAUAAGUUGAGAGUGACUCUUGAAGGACAAGCAUCACAUCCUCUUGUACCUCUGAUUCAAGAAUUUAUCUUCCAAAAUCUGGCAUAACAUUUGAUGAUCUUGCAUCCAACCUGUGACCAUGUCGGAUGCGUUAGCAGAAAGUAAGAGCGCAUAAAAUGAAUGGUUAAACCACAUUUGAAGCUUUGGAGAAUCGCCCUGUGCGUUUGUGAUGAUAACAUGAGCAUGUAUAAAUCAGGUUUGGAAAUGCUCAGAUGUGCUCUGAGAUCCACGUCACUGUGGAAAUGCGAAUCUUUUGUAAGGACACAGGCGUCUUUAUAUCAUAAAAGCAGAAGCUUUGCUUUGUCAUCUCCGCUGGGGCGAAAAAGCACACAAGGACACGCAAUAAAACAAGUCCGGUAUUACUGUCAGAGCAGUGAAGAAGUUCUUAAUGUUCAGAUUAAACAAACUACCCCCUCUCCAGAGACCAGUGGACUUGCAGAUAAAACAGAAAGGACUCCUUUCUACGCACAUUUGCAGAACUGUUUGGGCCCCACUGAUGUGCUGGACACGCUGAAGCAGUUCCCAGCGUCGCAGCAGCACAUCAGCAGCAUCUUCUCACGCAUGUGGGAGAGCUCAAAGAAGAUGACGGACGAGCAGCGGCGCUGUGAGCUGCAGCUGAUGUUUGAGCACCCGGUGUUUGAGGAAGUGUGUGAACGGGCCGUGACGGACGCCUGGCGCAUGAGGAGCGAAGAUCUUGCCUACAGUCUGCUGGCCAUCGUCAAUCUGGGAGUUUCACAAAACACACGGCUUGUGCAGACGCUGCUACGUGUGAUACAAGAACGGCUGAAUCAGUUUGAUAUAAGAUCUCUUUCGGUGUUGGCUUCCAGUAUUCGGGAGAUGGAGAACAGUAGGAACGUUCAGGCCCUAAGAGAGGCUUUAAGGCUGUUGCUGAAGGAUCGUAUUCCUGAGAUCCAGAAUGUGGUUGUCCUGCAGAGCAUGAUGCGCGCAGUGGGAAAAAACUCUCCGAUACCUCUGAAGAAAGAGCUGGCGACCAAAGCUCUGUCACUGGCAGAUGAGUUUAGUCCACCCAACACCCAGUACAUGUUCUCCAGCCUAGCUGCCAUGGGUCUGAACUUUAAACCUCUGCUGGAUGUCUGCAGCAAGAAGAUAGCUGAAAAUGUGCAUGAAUUUCCCUUCAAUAGACUUCUUUCGGUACUGAAGUCCUGCCAUGAGCUUCACUACAGGAACUACACCCUCUUUAACUCCAUCUCUGACUACAUAGCCAGCACAUUUGAUAUGUGGUCCAACAAACAGGUGAUUCUCUUUCUAGUAACAUUUGAGAAUCUCUUGUUCAGACCUGUGGUCCUGUUGGACGCAUUUGCGGAGAGAAUCAUCCAGAAGUCUGAAAGUCUGACCCUGAAAGACCUUCUUUCGGUUUUGAAAGUGUUUUCGCUCCUCAAUCAUGACCUGAAAGAGAAAAAAACAGAGUUUCUGGCCAGUGUAACUACAGUCUUGGAGUCCUACCUUCCAAAGAUGUCUCCCACAGACCUACUGAAAGCCGUCCACUAUCUUGCAAUGCUGGAGCACUUCCCACAAACCCCACUGGAGAAACUGCUACAGAAGGACACACUGGACCAGCUACUAGAGAAAGGCAAACAGUCGGAUAAGAUUCAGAGGUGGCUGCACACGUUGGAUCUGUGUUUGCGACUGGAUAAACAUCAGUUGCCGUCCUCCCUGACUUCUAUCCCAGAGUUGCACAUCAGAGCUCCUGCUCACGAGGUCACAGUCAACCAAGAAAUACUCAGGGCAGUCAGGAGCAUUGUGGGAAAUGAUGCAGUUCAGGAUAGUGUCCUGGAGCAGAGCAUUUAUUUCAUUGACUGUGUGAUUACACUGCCUCAUCAAGCGGAAGAAACCUGUGGCAGUGCAGAGGAUUCUGGAUCACCUGAAUGUACCCAAAGGAUUGCGGUGGUCUGUGCCUCUCCUGCUUCGUUUUGCUUUGGUACAACACAUCCUCGAGCCAACCUGGCUAUCAGACUUCACCAUCUUGAAAAACUUGGUUAUAAACCUGCUUUGGUUCCUGUCCUGGAGCUCAACUCUAAAACUGAGGAAGAGAAGAUUAAGAUGCUACAAAAGCUCAUUUUUCCAGCACAGGAAUCCACUGGAACGCAGGAAAUACCAACAGUGCAAAAACAGAGUGAAAUUCACUGUUCCUAAGCAAUUCUGUGGUGUUUUUCUUUUUCCCUCAUGCAUGGUUUUUUGAUUUUACUCAGAGGUGGAUAUAUGAUGCAUACUAUUUAUUGAUGUAUAAUAUCAAUAUUGUACAGUUAUGUAUUCUUCCUCAAACACACCGACUGAUUGAAACUAAUGAAAGAAUAAAUAUGAAGUGAUUUUUUUAAUAAAAAAAAAUGACUUGAA